AUGGAUAACGAAAUUCAAAAAGAUCAAAAGGUUGAACAAGGAAAAGCUUUAGAAACGGAGGAAAUGGUUGUUAAAACUCUACCUGAACUUGCAGAUGUUUCCGAAACUAUUAAAAGUGAUAAGGAGGUAAAACGGGAGGUUGGCAUUGUAUUGAAUGAAGAUAUAGCUGAUAAUGAUAAAAUUGUUAAAGAAAUUAAAGAAAUGGAAAGUAAAAAAGGAUCAGAAGAUGUGUCACUUGAGAAACGAGUUAUUGAACUUGAUAAGAAUGAAACUGAUCGCGAUAUUAGAAGAGACGAAAAUGAAAAGAAAAAAUUUUCAAAAGAGGCAAAUGAAUCCAUUAGUGAAGAAGCCGACACUAAAGCAAUGGUGAAUCAAGAUGAAGAUGAUCUAGAAGAAGAAAAAGAGUUACUUUCAAGUGAUCGAGUACAAACUUUACUUCAAGCUACUUCUUCAACACCUUCAUCAAUAGUUACCGAUGUUGUAGAAUCUAUGACCAUGCCUGGAUUUAAUAAUAAUGUUGUAAAUGCUUUACAUAUUAGUUUCUGGCACCUCGUUUAUGUUAUACAUUGGCGUGAUAUGGUGAUAGAAGAGGCAGCUAUGGCCGCAAAGAAGGAAGAUUAA